AUGCGCUUCAGCAUCAUUGUCGCAGCCUUGCUGCCUCUUGCCUUUAGCAAGGCAACCUACAACAACUGGAAGGGGUAUUCCAUUGACACUUCCGAUGUGUCCCACGAGCAUGUCAUCAACGUUCUCGGCGGCAUCGAUCACGUUCCUCUCGGCGAGCACAAGGACGCAAUUGAAGUUGCAGUUCACCCGACCAGCAUCCACACCUUUGAAGGCCUUGCCUUGAACUCCAUUCUUUUCAUCGAGGACAUGGCUGAAGAACUUGCCAAGGAAGGAAAUUUCGAGAAGCUCAGCCCGGCGCAUACCCAUGGUCACAUCAAGCUUGUCCAGCCCGACAAAGCCUACUUCAAGUCCUACCACAGCUUUGAACAGCACACCCAGUUUUUGAAAGAUCUCCAAUCCUCUUUUCCCAAGAACUCCGAAGUAUUCUCUACUGGCAAAAGCGUAGAGGGUAGAGACAUUCAGGGCAUCCAUCUCUGGGGAAAGUCCGGAAAGGGCAAGAACCCUGCCAUUAUCUGGCACGGAAAUGUGCAUGCUCGCGAAUGGAUUAGUAGUAUGACAGUCGAGUACUUGGCAUGGAAGCUCGUUCAAGGUUAUCAUGAUAAGAACAAGGUUUCUCGAUCUAUCAUUGACAGCCAUGACUUUUAUAUCCUGCCAAUCGUCAAUCCUGACGGCUUUGUCUACACCACCAGGUCUGAUCGCUUAUGGCGUAAGAACCGCCAGAAGGGCGCUCACAAGACAUGCGUGGGCACCGACAUCAAUCGAAAUUGGCCUUACAAGUGGGAUAUCCCUGGUGGCUCAUCCACGGAUCCUUGCAACGAGACAUACCGAGGUCGUAAGUCCGGAGACACUCCAGAGAUCAAGGCUUUGACAAACCACACCAUGGCGAUUGCACAGAAGACGGGAAUUCGAUCCUACAUUGACUGGCACUCUUACAGUCAGCUCAUCCUGUUGCCCUACGGCUACACCUGCAACCACAACGCGACCAACACAAACUACCAAAUGGAACUGGCAGGGGAGGUUGCGACCGCAAUUGAAGAUUAUGGAGGAACAUACUUUGACUACGGCCCUACUUGUCAGACUAUCUACCAAACCUCAGGUGGUAGUAGCGAUUGGGUUUAUGAUAUUGCUGAGGCCGAACUUGCCUGGGGAAUUGAGCUUCGGCCUGGAAGAUUGAGGGGCGAUGGGUUCGUCCUUCCACCCAAAAACAUCAUCAAGUCUGGUGAGGAGAUUUGGGCUGGCAUAAAGGUAUUGUUCACGAGACUCGUACAGAAGGACGAAUGA